AUGCGGGAAUACACCAUCUCUGAGCCGGCAGACCGACCCACCCCCAACCCCCUCGCCACCACCCCCAGCUCAAGCUCUGUUGCCACCAUCACCACCCCCACCUCCUUCCACCCUAACAUGGUGUGGGCCAUCCCGCUUCCGAGGACGGAAGAGCCAUCGACCACUGAGUGGCCCCCUGCCACCACCAUCUCUUCCACCCUCAUCAACAACAGAGCAAAACAACACCACAUCAUCCACACCCAGCCGCCGCAGUCCACCACCACCUCCACCCCCCGCAGCAGACCGCCCCCCCCCGCCGCCGCCGUGUCCUUCGACGGCUCAGGCAGUGGGGAGCCCAGCGGCGAUGACCAGACGGAAGAAGAGGAGGAAGAGGAAGCGGGUAGCGGCGUUCCAACAGAGGCCAGUGGCGCAGAGGAGCCUGUCGCCACCAUGAGGUUCAGCGGCUUCCUGCACUUGGACCAGGUGGAGGGCCAGGAGAUAUUCUACACCCCUGAGAUGGAGGACCCCAAGUCGGAGCUGUUUGGAGAGACAGCCCGCAGCAUAGAGAGUGCACUCAAUGAGUUAUUCAGGAAGUCGGAGGUGCACAAAGACUUCAUGAGUGUUCGUGUCAGGAAUUUGGCUCCAAGCAACUCCAUCUUGGCCUUUGUGGAGGCCCACUUCAAACCAGAUACCAGGUUCACGGUGGAAGACAUCGAAGGAGCCCUGCUCAAACAGCUGAAGGCCUCCAAAGACACCAGCAUCGCUGUGAAGAAGCCAGAGGACGAGAAUAUCCGCUUCACCAAUUAUGGCAUCUCCUCCGUCCCCUUCUUCACCACCACCACCACCACCACCACCACCACGGCCUCAGUCACCACAGCCGCUCCCAGCACCACCACCAUGCCUCCCCCCACCUCCCCGUACAUCACCCGCCGCCCCCCAAUCACCACACGCAGGCCCUAUGGCAGACGCACCACCACAACGUCAGCGCCUGUAACCACACCGCGACCCACCACCACCACAGAGGCCCCCACUACCACUGCUCCACCUCCAGCCACCACAGUAGCCCAUGUCCGAGGCAGGCUGCACCACAAGAAGCCCUGCAGCUCCCACCCCUGCCUGCACGGGGGCACCUGCGAGAACGAGGGCAACGACUUCAGCUGCAAGUGUCCCGCCGGGCGAGGAGGCUCCGUGUGCGAGAAGGUGAUCAAGUACUUCAUUCCGUCAUUCGGAGGCCAAUCGUACUUGGCGUUCCAAACCAUGAGCGCCUAUCACACGGUCCGCAUAGCCAUGGAGUUCCGGGUAUCCGAGAUGACCGGGAUCCUGCUCUACAACGGCCAGGACGGCAAGAAGGACUUCAUCUCUCUGGCUCUGGUGAACGGCAAGGUGGAACUCAGGUUUAACACAGGUUCGGGAACUGGAACAGUUGUCAGCAAAGUACAAAUCAAUCAGGGCCGCUGGCAUCAGCUGGUGGUGACGCGCAACCGCCGCAACGCCAUGCUCAGCGUGGACAACGAGCCGCACAUCGAGGGCGAAAGCCCCCGCGGCACAGAUGGCCUCAACCUGGACACCGACCUGUUCAUCGGAGGAGUGCUCGAGGAAAUGAAGCAGGAUGUGAGGGAGCGGACGGCGGUGGCCACCGGUGUGGUGGGCUGCAUCCGCCUGCUGGAUGUCAACAACCGUGUGCUGAACCUGCAGGAGAGCGGGGGGGACAGUCUGUACGGCAGCGGCGUGGGCGAAUGUGGAAACAACCCCUGCCAGCCCAACCCCUGCAAGAACGGAGCUGCAUGCCAGGUCAAGGAGGCAGAGAUGUUCCACUGCAAGUGCAGCAAAGGAUUCUGGGGUCCAACUUGUGCUGACGUCCAUGAUCCAUGCGAGCCCAACAGGUGCCAUCCAUCCUCCCAGUGCCAGGCGCUGCCGGAGGGAGGCUACAAGUGCGAGUGUCCCAUGGGACGUGAGGGGAGGCACUGCGAGAAAAUGGCUGAGAAGAGAGGGGCUUAUAUGCCGCUAUUCGACGGAGACUCUUACGUGGAGCUGAAGGGACUUCACCUCUACGGGCACGAUUUGCGUCAAAAGGUCAGCAUGACGGUGAUUCUCAAGGCCAACAGCUCCAACGGUUUGAUAUUCUACAACGGCCAGAAAUCGGACGGAAAAGGAGACUUCAUCUCUCUGUCCCUCAAUGAGGGCAUCCUGGAGUUCCGCUACGAUCUGGGGAAGGGACCCGCAACCAUCAGGAGCAUGGAACCAAUCCAGCUGAAUGUGUGGAACACCAUCAACCUAGAGCGCUCCAACCGCAAAGGAGAGAUCAUGGUGAACAAGAAGGACCCCGUCCGAGGAGAGGCACCGAAAUCACGAAAGAACCUGCACGUAGAUCUUAACCUGAAAGAGUCUCUUUUCGUCGGCGGAGCCCCCGAUUACAGCCGGCUAGCGAGAGUCGCUGCACUCACGGAGGGCUUCAAGGGAACGAUCCAAAAGAUCAUUCUGAUGGGCACCCCGAUCCUUAGAGAGGAGAACGCCCUGCGUGCCAGCAACAUCGACAUGUUCCAGGAGCACGCGUGUUCCCAGGAGCCCUGCCAAAACGGCGGCCGCUGCAACCCCAUGCUGGAUGCCUACGAGUGCGUGUGCCUCAGUGGGUUCUCAGGGGGCCGUUGUCAGAACACCAUCUAUGAGAAGUCUGCAGGAGAGACCGAGGCCAUUGCCUUUGACGGGCGGACGUUCAUCGAGUACCACAACGCUGUCACAAAGAGCCAACUGACCAAUGAGAUUCCAGAUCCCGAGUCUCUGGAGAACCCAUCUGACCAGAGCGAGAAGGCUCUGCUGGUGAACAAAUUUGAGCUGAGCAUCCGGACGGAGGCAACCCAGGGCCUGGUGCUGUGGAGCGGGAAGGGCGUGGAGCGCUCCGACUACAUCGCCCUGGCCAUCGUUGACGGACACAUCCAGAUGACAUACGACCUGGGCUCCAAGCCCGUGGUGCUGCGCUCCUCGGUGCGCGUCGACACCAACCGCUGGAUACGCAUCAAGGCCAGCAGAGCACUCAGAGACGGCUCUCUGCAGGUCGGCAAUGAGGCAGCGGUAACAGGGUCGUCGCCCCUGGCAGCCACGCAGCUGGACACAGACGGAGCGCUGUGGCUCGGUGGUCUGGAGGAGCUGGCGGUGGCCCGUCGGUUGCCCAAAGCCUACAGCACGGGCUACAUGGGCUGCAUCAAGGACGUAGUGGUGGACGGCGUGGAGCUCCACCUGGUGGAAGACGCCCUAAACAGCCCCAAAAUACUACACUGCUCCGCCGCCAAAUAACCCAGCAGAGACCGAGUCUUGAAAAAUUAAACGGAGAAAAAUAAGAAACCUCCCACUCGCCCCCUCCAUAGCGCCAUGUCUCCUGCUGUAAUUAUUUUCUAUUUUUGUAUACUUUUCAUUGCUUUUUAUGUGGAAAGAAAAUGUUGAUUUAAUUUUUGUUUUAUAUAUUUGUUUCUUCUUUUUUUUUUAUCUGCACCUCCAUAAACAGAACACACUUCUUUCUGCCCCUUCAUAUAUAUCUUCUUUUUUUUUUCAAAAAGCAGGCAUCUCUGUGAAAGGGAGAUUAUUCUUGUCAGUUUUGUUGUUUUAAAACAAACGCCAACUUAAAAAAAAAAAGAAGCCUGCUCCUUUUUUCCCUCCUCGCUCAUUACUUGAACACUGGUGGACGUCGCAGCAGAUCUCUGGUGACGGCCUUGUCUUGGUGCCAUAUCUAUCGUCCACAUUCCCCAAGCAUGGCCCAUACCGUACCUUCAUGAUAGACAUACAUUCCCCCCCCCCCGCUGCGGCUCUUUGAUGCCGCGGCCAGCUGGCGCGACUCCACACAAGAAACUCUAAUGUAAUCAGCCACCAGUAGCCCGCUGUUUUUUCCUAAUGGGACUUUUCAGAUAUCAGUCAAGCUGCUACAGUGAGAAAGUACACAGUCGAGACCGCUCCAUCAACCCCAUCGCAGAGCGCCCUCCCCAAAAAAGAAAAAAAAACUCUCCACUCAAUCUGAAUCCCAUCAGAGCCUCUAGUUUUGAAAUAUAACUCACUAACACUUCAAGCCAACAUGACGGAGAGAGCGCUCCACAGUGACGCGCAUAUCAUUAGUCAUAAGUCAAGACAUGAAUAAAUGUUAUAAAUAUAGAGUAUAUAAAUAAUACCUGAGACUGUGAAUAUGUAAGAUGGGUUCUCUUUGGAGAAUUUUGCUUCUCAUAUACUAUUGUGCGUUCUGUUUUACAAUCCAAACUAAUGAUGACCACUAUAAAUGCAUGCACUUCUGCAGUGUUGGUUUGAAUCUGGUUUUUGUUUCUAGUUUUAUUUUGAAAAUAAUUCCCACUGAGCUCGGAAUAAUGUUUUAUAUUUGUUCAUUCCCUGUAUCUUUUAUGGCCUUUUUUUAAAACUUUUUUUCCUGGGAGCAGUUAGUUUUGCAGGACAUUGAAUGGUGCAUACGGGGAAGAGGUUGUUACCAUAUCUGACCUUAAGGAGGUGCUGAAAGCAAAGACUGAAGAAGGACAGACAGGAAGGAGGCCAGCAGAGAUCUUAUCAUGAGGAGAGCUACCACUCUUGGGAAUGUCCCGUCAAACAGAAAUAUCUUCAAAAACUCUUUCUGAGACUUCAUUUCUUUUCGUAUUUGACCUCGGAGCAUUCCUGGAGGACUCUUUUGUUUUCCGGCUGUCCAGAGAAAGACGUUGUGACUUUUUGGAGCCAUAACAGUCGCAAACAUGGGAUGCAUAAUCCUACAGUACUUGCAAAUUAACAUAGUGACGCAUGGGUUUGUAUUACUAGUGCGAAUUCUGUAACUUUCAGUGAACUGAUGCAACGUGGUAAAGUCGUCCACAAUAAGCCGCGCUGACCGACUUAAAGGACACUUUGUUUUGAUAUGAGAACUUUGGCAAUACUCUGACACAAAAUCAUGCCUGUUCAUGGUCGAGUAUCGAAUGGUCUUGUGCUACUUUUUCUUUUCUUAAUUUCCUUCUUAAAUCAUCAUUGUUUUUUGUACAGCCCUUGUGAACUUAGCAAAUGUGUUAUAUGUGGAGGUUUAUGUUUUUAGUAAUAUACACUGGAACCAUGUCGUCCACAUGAUGAUAUAAUCAUGUGGGGAGGGAAAGCCCUGAAGCUAUAACUGUGUUGUUGAGUGUCCACACCAGGAAACCCUUAUUUUCUGAUGCAAGACACGUUUAAAAUUCCAGCACUGUUAACCUUGGACUGGUCUUAUUGUACCAUUGUUUGAAUUUGAUCCGCUCAGGUGGCGACAUUAAUAAAGGAGAAAUCCCUGUGUAUUCAGAUUGACUCGAGAAAAUUAAGACGAUAGCAGUCUAUGGUUUGAAACUAUUUGCCUUAAAAACCCAAUCACCUCUUCUCUGAGCAGGUGACGUCAUCCAUAUAACUUUUUCCUUAUUUUAGCAAGUGUAUUAGCCUCAUCCCCAUAAUGUAAAGGAGUAAUACAUAAUAAUGAUAACUAUAUCAGUAAUAAUGCUCAUACUGUACACAAAAAUAAUCCCGGGGGGGCUCUGCAAAUGUCCCCUCCGGCUUUUUACGAAAAGAUCUUCUAUUUACUGUUUUGGAAUCUAUUUUCUGUUCCUUAUUUAUGUCUGUAAUGACCCUCCAUGUCCGGCCUCUGUAAACUACUGUCUGACUGCAAAGCUCCUCAAAGGCCAGUGCACCGCGUACGAGUGGCAUGACCUGAACAUUACUAACUCUAUGACCUUUGUCUUGUGAUCCUACCACCAUGAAAUAAAAUGUCAACCAAAUGGA